GGUCUAUACCCAUUACAUUCGAGGGUAUUUCCCUAACACGGCAUGACCUAAUGUGAACACACAGCAUGUUCCCUGACUAGACUAGACUCGAACUUGAUCCCAGCAGCUCUAGAAACGUCUCUGUCCCUCGCGACCCUACACUACACACUACCAUACACACAGUAUCAUGGCUGACACAGAACUAUAUGACUUACUGGAGGUGGGUCAGAAUGCCUCCGAUGCUGAUAUUAAGAAAAACUACCACAAGCUAGCGAGGCAGUACCAUCCUGACAAGAACCCUGGGGCAGAGGACAAGUUCAAAGAGAUCCAGUCUGCCUAUGAGGUACUCUCAGACCCUCAGAAGAGACAAAUGUACGAUCGCUUUGGAAUGGCAGCAGUGAGGGGAGACGCCCCCGGUGGAGGAGAGGGAGGACCAUUUGGAGGGAUCUUCUCUCAAAUGUUUGGAGGAGGGGGAGAUAUUUUUGGUGGUAUGGGCGGCCGCAGAAGAGUAGCCAAAGCAGAAACCAUUGGACUACCACUAGAAGUGUCGCUGGAGGAGAUGUACAACGGUGCCACUAAACACGUCGAGUACAAGAGACAAGUUGUCUGCAAAACAUGCAACGGUACUGGUGGCAAGUCAGGCUCAGUGACCACGUGCAAGCCUUGUCGUGGCUCUGGUAUCAAGGUGACCCACCGCCCACUCGGCCCCGGCAUGAUGCAGCAGAUACAGAGCGUGUGCACAGACUGUGGGGGGUCUGGUGAUUACAUAAGAGACAAGGACAAGUGCAAGAAAUGCAAAGGAAAGCGUCUCGUGGAAAUCAACCACAAACAAGAGGUUCCAGUGAGUAUGGGAAUGAGACACGAGCAAAAGAUUCCAUUCCGAGGCAUGGCUGAUGAGAUGCCAGAUGGAGAGCCUGGGGACAUGAUAGUCAUCUUGCAGCAGCUGGAUCACACCGACUACAGGAGAGUCGACUGUGACCUGUUUGUGGAGAAGAGCAUCAGUUUAAGGGAGGCCUUGUGUGGCUUCACUUGCACUUUGUACCACCUGGACGGGAGGAACCUACGUCUGUCCACACCACCAGGAGCAGUGCUGUCACCAGGCUGUAUCCAUGGUCUGGAGGGUGAGGGGAUGCCAGUGUUCAGGAGGCCUGAUGUCAAGGGCAACCUCUAUGUUCAGUUCACCAUCCAAUUCCCUGACUCUGGUUUCCUGGAGGAGAGUCAACUAAAGGAGUUGGAGUGUCUCCUGCCCACACGACCUGGCCCACCAGCACUGGACCCAGAGGCAGAGGAAGUGGAUAUGAUAGAGAGUGAGGGGACGAGGGGAGUGGGCGGGGCACAAGGGGGUGGAGCCAUAUACGAUGAAGAUGAGGAGGAUGAUGAAAGAGUGGGCGGGGCACAGAGGGUGGGCUGCUCUCAACAGUGACACUCUUAGAUCUAUAUUCACUGCUUUGAUUGUAUUUAUGGACUGGUUUUGUGGUUACUGCUAUAUUAUUGUUCGAAUAACGUUUGCCCAUACCAAAUAA